UUAAUAUUGCCAUUUCAGUCUUUUUGCUUUUUAAAAGAAAAAUUUUCGCCCAGUUCAUUGUUGUGUUGUGCAGCUGGUUGAAUAUCGCCAACACGAAAAGUUGGUUUAAAAGUCGUAAUUAAAUUAGUUUUCGUUAUUAGGAGCUUAUAUACUGGGAAGUUAUUUAAAAUAAAAGAUAAAAAAAGAAAUACAUUAUUUGCGAAUCAAAAGUAUUUGAUAUAUAUCUGAGAAGCAUAGGCAGCGUAAUUUGCACAUACAUUAGUGAAAUACAAAUAAUUAAAAAAUUGUUUGUAACGAAAUUGAAUGCAAAAGCAUUGCUAUCGAAUUAAAUUUUGUUCUAUUUUAGUGCAUGUAUAACUGUGGUUGCAAAUAUAGUUGUGCUAUUCUUGCCAGUGUGUACUAUACACGUUUAUUUGGAAGUUUUAAACUGUAAAAAAUUAGUUGGUGUAUAAAGGUGGAAGUGAAACGUAGAAGAAGCAGGCAGACGAGGAAUAUUAAAAUUUAAGGACGGAAGGAAAUAAGAGAAAUCGUGCAAUAAAAAAUUUUCCUACUGCCUAAAUUGAAAAGAAAUCAAAUUGUUAAUUUGUUAACGCUAAAAAAAAAUUUUAGUUAAAUAUGUCAACACCCGCUCGCAGACGCCUUAUGAGAGAUUUUAAAAGACUACAAGAAGAUCCACCAACGGGAGUUUCUGGCGCACCAACUGAUAAUAAUAUUAUGAUAUGGAAUGCUGUGAUUUUUGGUCCACAUGAUACACCAUUCGAAGAUGGUACCUUUAAAUUAACAAUAGAAUUUACGGAAGAGUAUCCCAAUAAGCCUCCAACAGUUAGAUUUGUAUCUAAGGUAUUUCAUCCAAAUGUUUAUGCCGAUGGUGGAAUCUGUUUGGACAUUUUACAAAAUCGGUGGAGUCCCACAUAUGAUGUUUCUGCUAUAUUAACUUCUAUACAAUCUCUGUUGAGUGAUCCAAAUCCAAACUCGCCAGCUAAUUCAACAGCUGCACAACUUUAUAAAGAAAAUCGUCGUGAAUACGAGAAACGAGUGAAAGCCUGUGUGGAGCAAAGUUUCAUCGAUUAGCCAUCAGCCAGUAAAGUAACAACAACAACAACAACAAC